AUGACAUCUAUUGAUAUCCCCACCUCGUAUGAGUCUCUCAACCUCACACACAUUAAAAUCACCCACCACCCUUGUGGAGCCCCGGAGGCAACCCCAGUGGUGGUCUUCACCUUGGAUAGACCAGAAAAGCACAAUGCGUUCACGCCACAGAUGGCUGAUAGCCUUACCCAGGCAUACAAAAUGAUUCAUGUUGAUCCACGCGUAAAGGUAGUUGUACUCACUGGGGCAGGAAGAAUGUUUUGCGCUGGAUCGGAUCUUGGUAUUGGAUUCGGUAGUGGACACGGGAGAGCUGUUGACUUCCGGGAUAUGUAUGUCAGAGAACAUGAGCCCCAACAACUGGAAAUUAUUGCUAAUGCUAUCGCUGGGUCUCAGUGGCGGUCGAGUCGCGCUAGCAAUGCAUCGAUGCCACAAGCCUACUAUUGUCGCUUUGAAUGGAUCUGCUGUCGGGGUUGGCAUGACCAUGACCCUGCCAGCCGCUAUUCGGUAUAUAUUUUACCCAUCAUAUCUGAUCUCUCAUAUUCUAACCAGUCAAGAAUCUGCCAUGAAAAGAGCAAGUACGGGUUCGUCUUCACCAGACGUGGCUUGACCAUCGAAUCGUGUGCAUCAUAUUUCUUGCCACGCCUAGUCGGCUUCGCGCGAGCCAUGCACCUGAUCACCACCGGUGGCGUCUUCCCCCCUACACCUCAGCAUUUCGGUGAUCUUUUCACAGAAGUACUGCCCGAUGCGGGGAAAAUCCUCCCGCGUGGGCUAGAGCUAGCCCAAGAAAUUGCGGAGAAUGUCAGCCCAUUGGCCUCUUCCAUGAGCCGGGCCUUGAUGUGGGAAGGCGCCGACUCACCCGAAGCGGCACAUCUGUUGGAGUCGCGGGUGUUUCAUCAUAUGAUUGGCCAGCGAGACUACCGAGAGGGAGUUCAUUCAUUUCUCGAGAAGCGUAAGCCUCGCUUUGAGUCGGACUUGCGCGAGACCAGUUCUCCGAAUUAUCCAUGGUGGCCAGAGGUCGACAUUACCCGGGAGGCGACUGUUUCGAAACACUCCAAACUAUGA